AAACCAAGCCUUUACGUUUAAUAAUUUUAUUUUUCUGCAGAAGAAAAUAUUUUCCAGGAUUUUUCGUUUUAAAUUCCUGGUUACACUGUUUAAGUUGGCGCGUGGGGGCUAUUCCAGUGGCGCGUGUCAGUAACGCUAUUCGCUUAAUGGUUUUAUUCUGUCGAUCCGAAUCGGGAAUCCCUUGCCGGAACUCUACCGGCUCCCGAUAAUUUAAUGGCAUCUGUCGUGUUAGCGAAUCGGAGCGAUUCAAAUUGACCAUCGCAGCCGAAAGGCGGUGUCAAUAAAUUCAUGGGCAAGGUUCCCUUCACAGGAACAAAACCAAACCCUAACCCUAAAUUCAACAAGAAGCGUAAGUUCCACCAUCAUUUGGCCCCACCAGAUGACGGUACCGGACUUGUUGUUGAUGGCUCUCCUGCCGUGACCCACUCUGCAGCUUCCGACGAUGCGUCAUCAAUUAAUCGGAAGCGAAAUGAUUUCAAUUACGGCGCUUACGUUACCUUCCGCAUCAGCUCUUAUUCGAAGAAGGAGUUGAUUGAUCUAAAAAAUCAGUUGGUUGCCGAGUUGGAGCAGAUUCGUGAAUUGAGGAAUCAAAUCGAGUCAAAUGAUUUUCACGUUAGAUCUAGCUCCAACAAGAAAGCAUUACCCAAGAAGAACAUUUCUGGGAGCAAACGGCCUUUCCCCUCAAAUUUCAGCAAAGAAUUGAAGAGAUUGAACCCCCAAGAGAACGGAAAAGCAUCAACGGCAUAUUUGAUGAAAAGUUGUUCCCAAAUAUUGAACAAAUUGAUGAAGAAUAAGCACGGGUACGUCUUCAAUUCGCCAGUGGAUGUGGUUGGAAUGGGUCUCCAUGAUUAUUAUGAUAUAAUCAAGAAACCGAUGGAUCUGGGAACGGUGAAAUCGAGGAUGGCAAAGAAUUUUUAUGGGUCUCCAUCGGAAUUCGCGGCGGAUGUAAGGCUCACUUUCAAUAACGCCAUGUUGUAUAACCCUAAGGGGCACGAGGUCUAUAUGUUGGCUGAGCAAUUGCUUGUGAAAUUCGAGGAGCUGUUCCAGCCGCUGAGCUUGAAAUUGGAGGAGCAAUAUGAGCCACACGAAAGGGGUUAUGAUGAGGAAGAGUUGCAGGCGAGUUCUUGGGAUCAUGGUGAAGCCGAUAGGUUGAAGAAAGAUGGGGAAAGGGAGGUUGAGAGGAUAUUAGUUGAUAGAGAAGGUUCCGCAAGUUUUGUUGCAAGAUCUGAUAGAAUUGGAGGGGUUUCGGGCUUUAUUUCAAACCCAAAUCCACCUCCUCAGAAGCAAUUGCAGGCGCCACACAGGGUCCCAUCACCAGUAAGGCCACCGCCGGUGAAGCCAUUGAAGCAGCCGAAGCCAAAGGCCAAGGAUCCAAACAAGAGGGAAAUGAGCAUGGAGGAGAAGCAAAAGUUGGGGUUGGGAUUGCAGAACUUACCGCAGGAGAAGAUGGAUAAUGUAGUUCAGAUUAUAAGGAAAAGGAAUGGGCAUUUGACGCAGGAUGGGGAUGAGAUUGAACUUGAUAUUGAAGCAAUGGAUACGGAGACGCUGUGGGAGUUGGACCGGUUUGUUACCAAUUACAAGAAGAUGGUCAGCAAGAUUAAGCGGCAGGCAUUGAUGGCGAACAAUGCAGUAUCUAAUGACAGCCAUCGGGAAGAGGCAACCAUAGAGAGAAUGGAGGUUCCAAUGGAGAUGAAGAAGCCAAAGAAAGGUGAUGCUGGGGAGGAAGAUGUAGAUAUUGGUGAUGAAAUUCCAAUGAGCAGUUUCCCACCUGUAGAGAUUGAGAAGGACAAUGAUCGGGCUAGUGGGAGUUCUAGCAGCUCCAGCAGUUCGAGUAGUGAUUCGUCAUCUUCAAGCGAUUCUGAUUCUGGGAGUUCUUCAGGAAGUGAUUCGGAUGCCGAUGAUGCCCGGUCUUAGAAGGCUAUUAGAUAUUGAAGCUGUGAAGUGAGAUUUUGGGGGCAAUCAAGGAGGAGUCGGUUGGGGUGUAGAUGAGGUUAGACUUUGCUAACAUUUGCUAACAAACUGAAAAA